AUGGCGGAGCCGGCGGGGCCCUUCCACCGGUUGCAGGCCGGGUCGUGCCGGUACCUGUGCCUGCGGGCCCGGCGGCAGCGUCUAGUGAGUGCGGGAGCGGGGCCGGGGCCGCGCGGAGGCUGGGGAGCCCCGGCGCAACCUGAGCCGCUCUCUCCGCAGCGUGACCGAUGCGCUGGAGGUGUGGGCUGGGGAGCUCGGCGCCCCCCCGUCGCUGGGCUGCCGGUGCCAGCCGGAGGAGCACUGCGCGAAGCUCAGGUGCGUGCGGCAGAGCGGGGGGACCGGCCCCGGCUCCGGGCCCCGCUGACCCCGGAUCGCCCGGGCAGGGAGGCCCUGGGGCGCGGCGCGGCCUCGUUGAGCCCGGGGGAGGCCCGGGGCACGCUACGGCUGCAGGGGGACGCUCCGUGCUCGGCCCUGGAUCUCCGGCCGCUGCCCGCCGGGGAGGCGAGGAGCCAGCUGCGGGCGCUGCUGUUCGGCAUGGCGGGGCGCAUCGAGGGCCUGGAGAGACGCCUCAGCGGAGGCAGUAGAGGUGAUGCUGCUGCCUUCUUCCUCGUUGGCUGCCUAGUUCCCAAAGCUGGCCAGGAUUUGCAUUUCAUCACCUCGGGUGGAAGGGCUCCUGUGUGGGACCAGUGUUGUGUCCCUGUGCGGAAACACAACCUUGUUCCCGUGGCCCCAUCAUCAGGAAGGGGGGAUUCACCUUACAGAGUGGUGGAGACACUGGCAUCUUCCUGCAGCCCUAAGAAGAAUACAGCCCAGAACCAGCAGCAGUUCCUGCCAGACCCCAAGCCUUGGAAGAACAGGGGUGCUGGCUCUGAUUUGCCAGCCAGGAGGAAGAUCCCAGGGGAGUCUCUCAUUAAUCCUGGCUUUAAAAGCAAGAAGGCACCGUCUGGAGUAGACUUUGAGGACUCCUGACCUGUGCUGCCCUACCAGAGCCUGGCCAACUGCGGCUCUGGCAGGUGAAGGUUUCAGUUGCACCUGGGAAGACAGAUGGACCAGCAGGACCCAGAGGGCUGGCUUUUUUCCCCCGCAGGUCUUCCCUGCUGGCAGGGGCCACCUCCCCACCUCACGCCAUGAAUUUGUGGGGUUUUUAACGAAUUUUUAUAUAGCCAUAUAACUAAAAGAUUGCCUGUGCUUAACUUAUUGCCAGUAAAGAUGUUUAGCCAGCUGGUCUCUGGGGACCAGGACAACA